UGGGGCUCGGGGUCGGGCCCAGGGGGAGCCGCCACCAUUGCGUCCAACGAUUGGAGUGCCAACGGUAGCCCAGAAGAUGGGCUGGACGGGGAAAACGAGGACAAGACCAUCGAUGGGGACGCCGAGGGCGUGUGGAGCCCAGAUAUCGAGCAGAGCUUCCAAGAAGCCCUCGCCAUCUACCCUCCCUGUGGCAGGAGGAAAAUCAUCCUGUCAGACGAGGGAAAGAUGUAUGGUCGCAAUGAAUUGAUAGCAAGGUACAUAAAGCUGAGGACAGGCAAAACCCGCACAAGAAAACAGGUGUCUAGUCACAUACAGGUGUUAGCGCGGAAGAAAGUUCGCGAAUACCAGGCGGGUAUCAAGGUUUCUAGCCACUUGCAGGUUCUCGCCCGGAGAAAAUCUCGCGAGAUCCAGUCAAAGCUAAAGGCGAUGAAUUUGGAUCAGGCAUCUAAAGACAAAGCUCUGCAGAACAUGGCAGCACUAUCGUCUGCACAGAUCGUCUCCCCGAGUAUGAUAAAGAAUCAUCUUCCACCACUGCCUCCUGCCCCCUACCAACAAGCCAGAUUCUGGCCUGCUCCAAUCGCAGGACAGCCUGGACCUUCUCAGGAGCUGAUUACAGAUCUCAACCAGGGAAGGACUCCUGGGCUUUGCCGCACCAGCCAUGCUAUCAAACCUUUUGCACAGCCCCCCUACCCAAACCUAUCAGGUCCUAUACCACAGUCCAUACCAAGUUAUGAGCCCUUGGCGCCUCCUCCUCCACCAAGUGCUACUGCAGUGCCAGUGUGGCAGGACCGGACCAUCGCCUCCUCUAAACUGCGGAUGCUGGAGUACUCAGCCUUCAUGGAGGUUCAAAGAGAUCCAGACACUUACAGCAAACAUCUGUUUGUCCACAUUGGACAGACCAACCCCUCGUACAGCGACCCGCUCCUCGAGGCUGUGGACAUCAGGCAGAUCUAUGACAAGUUCCCUGAGAAGAAGGGUGGGCUCAAAGAGCUUUAUGAGAAAGGCCCUCAGAACGCAUUCUUCCUCGUUAAAUUCUGGGCGGACCUGAACAGCAGCGGCAUGCAGGAUGGCCCUGGCUCUUUCUACGGUGUGAGCAGCCAGUACAGCAGCAUUGAGAACAUGACGAUCACUGUUUCAACCAAGGUCUGCUCGUUUGGGAAGCAGGUUGUCGAGAAGGUAGAGACAGAGUACGCCCGCCUGGAGGGAGGAAAGUGUGUUUACAGGAUCCACCGCUCUCCGAUGUGCGAGUACAUGAUCAACUUUAUCCACAAACUCAAACACUUGCCUGAAAAAUACAUGAUGAACAGUGUUCUUGAAAACUUCACUAUCCUACAGGUGGUGACAAACCGCGACACCCAGGAGACCUUGCUAUGUAUAGCGUUUGUUUUUGAGGUUUCUACAAGUGAACACGGAGCUCAGUAUCACGUCUACAGACUUGUUAAGGACUAACAGCUCUUCAGGGAGGUUUUGGAAAAGCCAGACAAAGCGUGACACAAUCUCCUCUUCAACCAGCUCAGCCAUCCAGGAAAAACUAAGUAACAUUCAAACAAAGCUAAAUCGAACUAACAUGGACACAUUUUAUGCUUUAAAAAAAACAAAACAAAAAGUCUCAUACGCAAGGAAAACGAGUGAAUUUCAACAUGCGGACAUGCAAAGAAAUAUUUGAAGAAUUACGGAUUUUUCAAACAACUAGCUACUUUCCAUGUGUUUAAACAUGCUUUAGAUGAAGUGGGUCACUUUUGCAAAGGUAAUUGAUGGAGCCUGAAAUGUUUUAUUGAGGGAAUGAGAAUGUGUUUAGGGUUGAAAAGACUCUAACAGAAUCCUAGGGAACACACUCUGAGCAAAAAGAGACGUGUAUUUAAAAGAUUGAAAAAGACGAGAGAACAGGACCACGGAAGGGGGAAAACCAGAGCCAAGUGGUGUUGUUGCAGAAGGUUUGUUAGGAAAGCAAGUGCCUUUUCUCCAAAGAUUAAAUCAAUGCCUGCCACUUUGGAUUGCCUUUUUUUUUUACUACCUCUUAAAUAGUCAGACCGGUUUAAUUUGUCAGAAAAAUUGGAAAGAAACCCCUCAGAUCUACGUCUUUGUGAGGCAGUUUUUGUAUUUGGGCACACAGAUGGAUGGGACGGGAUAACUAAUUUUCAUGUAGCCUGUUUUAAAAAACAAAUCGUCCCAAUUUUUACAGAUCAAGUGUACAGGGAGAAGGUUUAUUGUGUUACCAUAUUAUUUAGGUUCUGCUUUUUUUAUGUUUUAUUACACACUUUUUAAAAAUCAGGUCUUACAAGCAUCUAUCUAUAACUGACUUUUGACACUAGGGAUGCCUUGUACCAUUGCUAGCCUGACAUAAAGCCAGGGCUUUGCCAUCUUUACAAGACCCCCUUGUUAUUUCUCUCUGUUUGAAGACGUGUGCUCGGUUGCACUUAAAAGAUCAAGAAGGGGGAUGAAGCAACAACAGUGCUUAUUUUCUGCCUUGAGUUAUGUAGCCUAAUUGAAAAAAAAAGUUUCUGUACUGUGAGUCAGUGGAUGCUAAAGGAAUAUGUGUUACAUAGGAGUAUUUUUCGGGGACUUUAUGUUCAUAUUUGUGAUCAAGUAACUCAGCACAGAGACCAUGGUUAAAGUGGAGAGAAGUUAAUCACUGUUUCUUUUGUUUAAAAAAGAGAUUGUAUGCUGUGAAGUCGGCUCAUUUGCUUCACCCUUCUCCGUGUGAUGUGUGGAGAAGACGCAUUCAUUGAUAAAAGUUCAGUUUUUAUAUUUAAGACAUUGUUUUUUACUGACAUUACACAUGAAAUAAUUUUAAAAUCAAACAAAAUAAUUGUCUUGAAUGAGAGCUAUUGUCUCUGUGCUGUGGAGUAUGACCAUUGA